CAUGGCUCCGGAGAGCGCGUCGCUCCUGCGCGCGGGGCUCGUGUUGUUGGUGGCAGCUCAAGUCCUUCCGUCGGCGUGCGGCUGCAACGGGGGCUUCUACGAGCGGACGAUCAACGAUCUGUGCGCGGCCAAGUUCAAGUUCGACAUGGGCGGGCUGGACCGAGGCCUGUGGUGCAGCUGGCCGGACACCACGGAGAUCUACGAGGAGCUAACGAACUGCACCUACCAGUUGGCCCUGAAGGUGGACUGCUUCUGGCCCAAUCAGAUAGUGGACCGCUUCUUCGUGCAGAUCCACCGGAUCUACUUCCACGACUGCGCUCUGACCGGCCGGCUCCUCCACGACCCGCCGAUCGGCAUCCUCGCCCCGUUCAUCGCCGUGCCGGUGCUGGUCACGCUGCUCGUGACUGCCCUGGUGGUGUGGAGGAGUAAACGCACAGAGGGGGUGUUGUAG